GCGGCGGCGGCGGCGGGAGGCAGGAUGAGCGCACGCGGUGAAGGAGCCGGGCAGCCGUCCACUUCAGCCCAGGGACAACCUGCCGCCCCGGCGCCUCAGAAGCGAGGACGCGGCCGGCCCAGGAAGCAGCAGCAAGAGCCAACCAGUGAGCCCUCUCCUAAGAGACCCAGGGGAAGACCCAAGGGCAGCAAAAACAAGAGUCCCUCUAAAGCCGCUCAAAAGAAAGCAGAAGCCACUGGAGAAAAACGACCAAGAGGCAGACCUAGGAAAUGGUCAUCAUUCGCUACAUACUGACAGCAGAGAUGAUUCAAACGCACUUGACCCCACAUGUGUACAGAUGUUCAGAAAUUCAGUGGUUGCUGAAGAACUUUUCUUAUUUUACCACUUGAAUGUUGUCCCCUUUGUCACCACAUUACCCAUGUUCGUCUGGUGUGUCUUUCCCCUGAAAGAGAAGAAAAGUCUUAAAAUUAAGUACAUCCGCAUCUCAGAAAGGGCAAGGGCAUCCGCUGUACCUGGUAUAGUAUAUGAUGAAUUCUUACGUUUCCUUUUCCUUCCUCCCUGGUUUGUUCUUCAUGCUCCACUUCUUUUUUUAAGUUUCUUUCCUGGUAUCCUGGAUUAUAUUUUCCUGUUAGUUUGCUAUUCCUUUCUUCUUGAGUCCUGCAUCACAUUCUAUUUAUACUUUGGUAUUGACUUUCACUUAAUUUAUUCAUCUUGUAUUCUUUUCUCUGCUUCGCAUGUGUUGGGAUUAAAUUUCUUAGCAAAGGGAAAUGGAGAUGAUUUUAAGAUUAAAAACAUCUCAGUGUUACAGUGCAAUCUUAAAAUAAAGGCAUUUCAUUUAGCUUGCAUUCAAUAAAUGAAUUCUCUCCAAACCUAAACAGUGCAUGGUGGCCAUGGAGCUUACCCGAUUACCUUCAGUGUUACAGAACUCACUAUUCCUUAAACUUGCCUCCUCCUUCCUGGAAAGCUCAGAACAUUAAAAAAUCUUCCAUCUGACUCCCUGUAACUUCUUCCCAUUGUCUCUAGCCUCCCUGCUAGGAAUAGACAGAGUAAAUGUUUUCACUUUCAUGGUAGCUUUUCAAAUUCUUACGGACAAUUAAUACAAACUCUUCGUUCAUUUUUGUUUGAUUAUCUCCAAUCCUUUCUUUUUUUCCCCUCAUAAAGAAAUAUUCUUGUUAUUCUUUUGUAAACAUGUUUGUUUUUUAAUGUUCUAAAAUAUGUCACCCAGAACUACGUAUCAUAUUCCAGGUGUGGGUUCUAUAACCAGUUAGUUUAUCAUGUCUUUUGCCGUACGUAUGGUUCCAGUCAGUUAUUGCUGUUUAAUCAACUACCCAAAAACUCAAUAGUGUAAAAAAACCCAACUAUUUUAUUAUGCUCCUGUAGUCUUUGGGUCAAGAAUAUGGACAAGGCACAUCAGAAAGGCAUUAUCUGCUCUAAGAUCCUUGGCGCCUCAGCCAGUAGGACUCAAACAUCUUGGGUUGACUCUCAUACUUGGGGUUUAGAAUUAGGAGGCUUCUUCACUUGUAAGUCUGGUCCUUUGAUUGGCUGGAAGUCUGAGCAUGUCGGGGAGUGUCCCCUGGUUGUGGACACAUGGCAUCUCCAGCUUGCUCGCCUCAGGGUAGUCAGCCAUCUUAUCUGCACUCAGAGCUCCCACAGAGUGUUCUGGUAACCUUGGAGAAACCGCAAGGCCUUUGUCUUAGUUACUUUUCUCUUGUUGCUGAGACAGAGUACCUGACAACCAAAA